CUGGUGCAGUUAGUUGACGGCUCUUUGCUAUGCGGCUGGAUGGACAGCUGAUAAGUACUGCUCCUGAUAGGCUAAGGAAGUGAGUGUUAGGACACUUUAGUCAUGUAACGCCUUGUGACUUUUAAACUGUGUUUGUAGUUGGUGUUUCGAUGCAGUAGGACUGUUCUUCUUGGUGUAGCUUUGACUGCCCUGUGCACAACCCGACUAUAAUGUUGCCUUGGAAGAAGAACAAGUUUGAGCUGAUAGAGGAAGACAAGCAGUCCAAGCACAAGGGCUACGCGGUGAGCCUGAACUACUCCGCGCUCACCACGCUGGCCAAGGCGUGUCCGGAGAGCGCGCUGAACCGGGUCGGCAGCAUGUUCAAAUCCAAGCGGAAAAAGGUGAACAUCACGAGCGAGGACCCCACGUACACGGUGCUGUAUCUGGGUAACGCCACCACCAUCCAGUCGAAGGGUGAAGGCUGCACGGACGUGGCCGUGAGCAAGAUCUGGAACAAGAGCGAAAUGGGCAAGAGCGGCACGAAGAUGCGGCUGACGGUGAGCUCACACGGCGUGCGCAUGGUGCACGUGGACGAGCAAGCGCGCAGACCUGGACACCUUUACUUACUGCACCGGAUCACCUACUGCGUUGCGGAUCCACGCCUGCCCCGGAUCUUCGCCUGGAUCUACCGGCACGAGAUGAAGCACAAGGCGGUGAUGUUGCGCUGCCAUGCUGUGCUCGUGUCCCGGCCGGAGAAGGCGAAAGCCAUGGCGCUGCUGUUGUACCAGACUUCAGCCACGGCGCUGGCCGAGUUCAAGAGGCUCAAACGGCGCGACGACGCACGGCACCAGCAGCAGCAGCUGAUCGGCGACCAGACCAUCCCACUCGUGCCUCUGCGCAAGCUGCUGAACGGCCAGUGCUGCUACAAGCCCCCGGUGGAGCGCAGCAGGAGCGCCCCCAAACUCGGCUCCAUCACCGAGGACCUGCUCGGCGAAGAAGCCGAAGAAAAAGCCACGCAGUUUGAAUGCGAGGACGUGCUGGACACGGACGAGGAGCGCGCAGGCACCGAGAAACCCGGGCUGUGCCAGCUCAUUAACGAUCUGGGCGAAAUGGGGAUCGGGAACGACGUGCGGACUCUAAAAGCGGACCUCAGGGUGACCAGGCUGCUGUCUGGAGAGAGCACGAGCAGCGAGUCGUCUAUAGAGAACAGUCAGGAUCCUGCGCUCGUGUCCGUCGAUGCCGACGAGCGCAAAACGCCAGAAGUCGGCUGAAGGGCUGCGUCCAGGUUUGCUUGUGGAGAAGGUUCACCUGUAGUCUUCUGUGCCACUGUUAUCCGUCUCACUUGAAAGAGCGCUCGUGCGCGUAGAGGUUUGUGACUCCGACUUCUGGACUGCAAGAAAAAGCCAUGUUUCCAUCCAAGCGUUCUUAUCAUACAUUACAUCCAAGGGGUUUUUUUUAUGGGUGAGAUGGUUUGCAAUGCUUGACAGAAAGAGAAAAUGUACAAUUUUUUUUUUUUAAGAGGGAAAAAAAGUUUCAUCCAAAUUAUAAAUGUGGAAUGAUGCCAUGCUAAAAUCUAGCAAAUAAAAUAUAAGAGCAAAUCACCUUAUUCUUCACAUUUGCUUAGGCAUAAUGCUGAUAAAAUCAUAAAUCUUAAUGGAAAUACUCAUUAUGAAACCCUUGAUUAAUGGUGCAGGUUUUCCCUGGUCUGAAGUCUGAAACCUUGCAGGUCGAUAUGGAAAGGAAGUGCUGUGACUUUGACUGUUAUUUCCAGCAACAGUCAAAAGCUGGAUUUCACUUGAAUGAAAUUAGUGGCUGUCUGAUUCAACCACUCUGUCUGUAGUUCAGGCAGUCAAGUGUUACAGAAGUGACAUACAAGCAAGGACAUGACAUGUUUGUUCGCUAAAACAGGGCUGAAGAAAACAUGACGUAUUUCGUAUGGUUUUUGUGACGGUUCAGUUGGUGGCUUAAGUUUAAUUUGACAUUUGGAUGGAGCCUCGUCUGUAAGGGAGAAUGAACCAAGGCGCAGUCAACCUCAGGCCGAGCUGGGACAAGGAGUAAUGCGCAAUACAAAUGCUUCUCCCUCUCCUGUCACAUGAAAAGUUUUACAUUCAAGAUUGUUUACCCAAGUCAUUUCCCCAGAGGAAAUGUUUCUCUUUUAAAGAACAACCCUUAUAUAUAUAUAUAUAUAUAUAUAUAUAUAUAUAUAUAUAU